GCCUUUUUUGUACAGGAAAAAAAGAAUCAUUGUGAACAUCAUGAUUUCUGUGAUUUAUCUUUUAUCUUAUCUUUUAUCUUUUGUGAAUUUAUCUUCAUAGAACCAAUAAUUUAACCUACUGUUAAAACCUUUCAGACAACGAGAAUUUGAAGUUGUGAACAUUUAAUUUGAUUUGAUUUUUUUGUUGUUGUAAGAUGACGACCAUGUUCAAAAUGCUUAAAUUUGAUCAAAUACGUCUUUAUUGAUCACCAGAGGCUCAAAUGUGGUUGUUUCAGCUGAACAAGGACGGAAAUAAGUAAACGUAAAUAGAGAAAGUUAAGAAAAAUUGUAAGAAUAAUAAUAUUAUACAUUAAAAAUUAUUUAUAUCUAAAAAAUAUGUAAAAUAAAAAUAGAUUAAAUUAACAAAUCUUUAUUUAUUUAGAAAAAAUGUCAUAGGAUUACAAAUGUUCUUACACAAUGAACAACAAACAUGUGCUAUACAGUACUUCAAAAUCUUGUAGCAAUUAAUGUAUAUAUUUGAACAUAGCUUAAGAUAUUUCCCCUCAAAAGUUACCAGCUAAACGUAAACCUUUAUUUUGAAAUGUUCCAUACCGGAUAGAACAAGGUUGCUACCGCUAGCUUAAAUAUGCGAACCACCAAACGCCACAUUCAGCUUCUAGUUUGACCUGAAAUGUAACACUUUGCAGAAUGUACUUCUACAUUUAGACGAAGUAAAAACUAUGUAGCUCGUUUAUGUCAACAGUUGAGUGGAAAAGUAACGCGUUAAAAGUUGAGUUUUGGCUGAAAGUUGAUGACGGUGUAACGAGGAUUUUUGUUUACCGGACGAAAGAUGUUCUGAGAUGCCGUCCUUUGACUUAUUAAAUCGUGUAGAGCUGUUCAUGCGAGCAGGAACAUUUCCCGUCGAAGCAUCAAAGAGCUCAAAGAAAGUAACCAGAGCUGCCAGCAAGCACUUCAUCUAUAAAGAUGGAUGUCUGUUGCGCUUCUAUCGAGGUCGCCUCCUCCGCGUUGUGAGGAGUGACGAGGAGGUGAGGGAGAUCCUGGUCCGAUACCAUGACCACAACAAGCACGCCGGCCGGGUCCGUGUAAUAAAGGAGAUAAUGUUGAUGUACUACUGGGUCGGGGUGACGGAGGCCGUGAAGACCUGGAUCCAAGCUUGUGCCGUCUGUCAGAGCCGAACUCCCCCCGAGCCGCCGGCACCGCGCGUCGAGUUCUGCCUGGCUUACGGCUGCGAUGCCUCCAGCUACGUUUACCCUCAGCUCAGCUUCCACAGGUUUCCGAAGGACAAAGAGCGAAGGAGAAGGUGGCUGGUGGUGUCUCAGAGGGACGAGGGCUCGCUCCGCACUAACUCCUGCCUCUGCUCCAGACACUUUGAGCCGCCCUGCUUCUCGCUGAGCGAGGAGGGUCAGCUGACUCUGUUGCCGGACGCCGUACCGACCGUCAUGCCGGUGACGGUGCAGGAGGAUGAGGUUCCGGUCCCUUCAGACGAGGACUUCCUCCAGUCUGGCACCCUGGAGGACCUCCUCUCCACAGCUGCUGCAGAAACCACGAACCCCUCUGAGCCGGCCUUCGAUCCCUCCGAAGCCCCCGUGGAGCUGCAGGAGCACCAGUACUGCCUCCCGGGUCCUGAUCCGGACUCCGGGGAGGUCCAGACCGUGGUGAUGGAGCUCAAGAGGAGGAAGACCGUCAUCGAGCCCAGCUUCAAGGCUUACAACCAGAUCGCCAGGUAUCUGAGCCACAGAGUCUUACCAAUGCAGAGCAAGACAGCCAGAGGCGGUUUGAAAAGGAUGGCCAAGCGCUUCGGCCUAAAAGAUGGAGUGCUGAUGUACACGCGAGUCUCUCCUCCUCUCAGAGUGCCACGCAGCAGAGAGGAGGUGAACUCGAUCCUGCAGCAGGUCCACGACAACCAGGGUCACUACGGCCAGGGCAUCUGCCAGCGGAUGAUCACCAAGCACUUCUACUGGGCCAGCAUGACCCGCGACCUGGCCCGCUGGAUCUCCAGCUGCCACACCUGCCUCAACAGAACCAAGAGGAAGUGGCUCCGCUGCAGCGUCUCCACCUGCACCAACUGCUGCGGGCCGGUGGAGAGAGGCCUGGGCCUCACCUUCCAUAAGUUUCCUCUUCACAACCUCGCCCUGCUGGCUCAGUGGCUGAAGGCCGUCGGCCGUCCCAACUGGCACCCUCGUCUCGGGUCGUCCGUUUGUUCGACCCACUUCACCGAGGACUGCUUCGACCGCAGCGGGGAGAAGGUCACCGUGCACCCGAACGCCGUGCCCGCGCUCCUGGUCCACGGCAACUCAGCGACGUCGUCCAGAGGACCGACUCAGCCUGCAGGGGAGGAGGCCUAUUUUGCCAAGUACGAUGCCGUGGAGCUCUACCUGAGCAAACGCACGUAUCCUCCUGGACUGAGCUACGUGGAGAAGAACACCUUCAGGAGGUUCUGCAAGCAGUUUGCCAUCAAAGACGACGAGCUGCACAUCGUGAGGGGAGACCGGGUGCGUUUGGUUCUGAGGAGCAGGCAGCGAGUGGAAGCCGCCAUGACGGAUUAUCACAACGAGCUGAACCACCUCGACGUCAACAAGUGUCUCAGACUGCUCAACGAAAGGUACUUCUGGAAAACCAUGAGGACAGAUGUGCUGCAGUGGAUCAACAGCUGCUCACAGUGCAGCAGGAGGAAGAAACCAGUCCACCGAUCAGAGCCCAGAGAGUCUCCUCUGACAUCACCACAGAUACCUGAUGACGUAGACAGCGGGAAGGACGGCGACGAUGAUGAGGAUGAUGAUGGUGGUGGUGAAGUUGAUGAUGAAGAAAGGCAGCCGGAGACGACUUCAGAGGACAGAGUGGAGAACCCUUUGCCCCCCCAGCCUGUGACUCCCAUCAGUCCACAGCCCAGAAUCCCCAUCCUCCUCCAUCUAAGAACUCCCAUCAACUUCCAGCCCAGAACUCCCAUAAUCCUCCAGCGAGGGAAUCCUAACUCCUCCUUUGUGGCCAGACUCUUGUCUGUCAAGAGUGGGAUGCCUCCACAGUGUGAAGUCACCGAGAGCCAAACCAGCAUCCAGGUUCAGGAGGACCAGACACGGCUUCAGGACCAGAAAGAGACGAGUGGCCCUCGGGGCAGCGCCAGAACUCAUCACUUUGUCAAAGUCCAGGACAAAACCAAACCUCUCUCAGAGUCACAUCCUCCACCUGAGCUCCCAGCACAAGCCCCGAGCGAGCAAAGUCAGCCACCAAGUCAAAGCAGAGGGCCGACGACCCAGAACCGAACCCGGGGCCGUGGCGGCGUCCAGCGCCCGGUGAGGAAAAAGAGAGAGCCGGAGGCAGCGUCUUCGGCUAAGAGGAGCGCCGGCGGAGGCCUGGAGCCUGUGGUGGCCCCGAGCACCAAACCCUGGCCCGUCUUCACCAUCGCUGGCUCUUCCCCGGUACAGCCAGCUAAUCGUCUUCCUGAGGUAGACGGCUCUGCUCUGUUUUCGAGGACCAGGAGUCUUCAGGCCCGGACCGUCAUCCAGCAGUGCAGUCAGGCGAAGGUGAAGAUCAGACCAGCGCUGGACGGAGCCGACGCUCAGUGGGCCGAGAUCCAGGAGGGGAUGGUUGUGUACGUGUGUUUCCUCCACGGAGCCACCGAGGACGUCGCUUACGAGAUGGCCAACAGUCUGAUGACCACCAAACUUUUCCGAAAGGACUCGGGUCACUCGGUGUGCGUCCUCGACCUCCCGGGGAGCGUUUUAUUUAUCCCCCAGGACUCCCUGCUCGGCGAGCCGGUGCCCAGGAGGAGGACGGUGCAGCACAGGGGCGGCUGUGAGCUGUGGCGGGGCGCCCAGCUCUUCUCCAGCCUGGUGGCCGCCUGCAGGGAGUUCAUGUCCGGCUCGGCGAAGUGCACGAAGGCGGGCGCGGUGGUGGAGCAGGGCGUCUACGGACAGAGGCAGGAGAUGGUGCUGAAUUGUGAAGAGCCGCUGACGCUCCUGCUGGAGUUCUGAGGAGCGACCUGCUGGAUUAUUCGACUUCUACGAGUCCUUGUGUUACUGUUUUCUCUCUGCAGAGACAUCUACAUUUCAGUUAAUAAACGGGAAACUUUUUGGACAUAAAAAGUUCCAAGAACUAAACUCAGGAAGUAAAAAACAACAAGACACCAGUACUUCUUGCGGUGCUUUGUUUUUGAUCCUGCUACCUUUUCUUUUUUUUACACCUUUAUUAACUUUAUUUAUUCCCUGGUUCCUUUGAACCAAACGCAGGUUCAGAGUUCUUCAACACACGUCCUGAUCCCCGUUGUGGAAACACACCAGUAGUACUUUUACUGGUUUCUUUGUCUCAUCUUCAUCAUCACAUACGGUAUUCUUCUUUCUAAAGAAGCUCAAAGCCUUUAUUGAGAAGUCUGUAAAACUGCAGCUGAAAACCCAGAAACAGAUUUUGUUUCUCAAUAUGAUGAUAACGUGACAGCGUGCACGUUUACAUCAACGCUGAACUCGCGUCUGUGCAGCAGUUAAAGGAAAGGUCUGGUGUGUUAAGUGUCCUCAGACUGUAAUAGUUUCUUUUGUUCAUGUUUAUUCUGUAUAGAUGAGAUUAUUAAAUACAUAUUUCUUGUAAAAAAAAAAAAAAA